UAGUCCGGCAGCUAUUUAAGCUACUAUUGUCUUGGGUCCUUCACAGUGGAGGUGACAUUCAGCUAUUUCUUUAGACGGGGACUGCUGAAUUGAACAUCAUGGCACAAGCGGUGCAGAAAUUAGUUGCGAAAAUACCAACACUGGCAAACGCCGCUGUUGCCUACUCCAAACCCCGGCUAGCAACCUUCUGGCAUUACGCUCGUGUUGAGCUGGUGCCUCCCUCGCCAGCUGAGAUCCCCAAGGCCAUUGGAGGGCUCAAGGACGUCGUUACAGGCUUUCAGUCAGGACGUCUCGGUCAGACCACAGUCAGGGAUGCAGUGAGGAAUGGGUUGGUGGCCACUGAAGUCUUGAUGUGGUUCUACAUUGGCGAAAUCAUUGGAAAGCGAGGCAUUGUUGGCUACGACGUUUAAAUUCAGGAUUGACCAAUGUUAUUUGUCUAUAGUGCUUGCACAAGCCUUCCAUGUCCAGUUAAAACCUAUGUUAAUACAAUAAAGAAAUGAACUGUUUAAGAACAA